AUGGAAUUGUAAACUUUGUAUUUAUUUACCAAUAAAGUUAGUUCAAGUCAAAAAUAUGAGUUGUGAAACGGAUCACUCUCAUCACUUAUUGUGAAAUGUUUAUUUAAUUAGAGAAAAUUAGGAACCAUACAUUGAUUCAUAUAUUCAAAAACAAAUAUCCAUACUCCGUAUUCAAAUUCUAGAAUUUUAGGAUUUACCCAUACCCACCUCCACAAACAGUCUAACACUACACAUGUAUACUCUAGAUCGGAUUUCCAGAACGGAUACUCCAUAUUAGUAUUUUCUAGAUCGGAUUUCCAGAACGUCUCCCCUUCUCCCUUCCCCACCUUCGUCGCUUUCGAUUUUAACACACAAAUGUUGUUUGUAAUCUCCACUGCCUGUAAUUUCCACUGCUGACUUCCCCUAUUUUUACCUCCAACCGCCUCGAUAGUUUGAUUGUCGCCGGAUUGAAGACCUGUAGAGCAUCCUCGAGCUCUCUUCUUGCUAGGGUCGGAUAUCUGUUCGCAAGUGCUGGCGGACGGACCUCCAAUCGAUGAACUGAGAGCAACCCACAUCCUCCGUCCAGCAUCGUAGUCCCUGAAAGGUCUGCUACCGCGCAGCAUCGGCCGCCACGCGCUGACGCUGGAGGAACGGCGCUCGGCUCUGACGCACGGAAAACUGGAGACCCAUCUCUGAUUAGUUUUCCUCACUCCAUCUCUCGGAUCUUGCUGGAUGUGAUGAUUGAAAGUCACCGAUGGGGAUCUCCCUAACGACACCCAAGUAGCCGAAGUGCCGAACCAAGACCUCCCAUCCCCUCAAACAAACGCCUCUUUGUUUCGCUGUUAUUAUCUUUGAUUCCAUCUGAAUAUGAGGCUAUUCUCAUGGAUGUUGUCUGACUUUGCAUUAUAACCCCUUCUAUUUUCUCGACAGAGGCCUUUGUCUCUCAAAAGGUUAUUUUUUCCUACUCCGUAUUUUCUUUUCAGACUCAAAUCCCUAAUUACGUGCAGAGAUUCAAGAGAUCCUUCUUAUGCCCGGUUUCUUUUAUAGAUGAGCGUGGCAUUGCAACUUGUUAGGAAUGAGAUACACUCCAUCGGUUUCACUGUUCCCACCUCCAUUCAACCAAUAAAAAUAAAGUAAUUCAAACAGUGAUUUUUGGACAUCUUCUCACGUAUUUCAUGUCAACAGUUCACACCUCCCUUUAGAACCAAUGGGAAUUAGCUGCACCUCUCUUUGAACCAAUAGGAUUGAUUUGCUAAAAAUUCUCAUGAAUCUAAGCCACGAAAAUGAUUAGGGUUGGUGGGAUAACCCGGAUUCACACAAUCUGUUUUAGUGUGUAUGAACAGUGUGAAUAUAUUUUUUGACCAUUAGGAGUGCAGGAGCAUGCUUGCUUUACUGUUUCUACUAUUUUUUAAGCAAUCGGAACUCAUCUAUCGGACCCACCAAAAUGCAUUCUUAUUUACCCAUUGUUAUUUUUUGUUUUACCAUGUGAACCAACAUUUUUUUCCAACUAUAGCUUGAUGUUGACAUUUUUGGGAGGGAAUACUAUUCACAAAAUUCUUUUGCUUUUAUAUUAGUAUAGAUUGUAAUGAUUGUACAAAAUUUAUUUAUAAUAAGUAAUACUUUCUAAUUAAUUAAGUGUGAUUAAUUCCUUUAGAUUCAGGGACAAUCUAUGAGAAUAAGCAACACUUCACAAUGCAUUGCCCUCAAGGUUAGUUUUUUACAAAUUACAACCAUCAAUAAGUAAUCUGGCCAGAGAACAUUUAAGUAGGCUUGAAUCGUUUGAUGGUCAAGGAUUCUAACUACUUUUUUAAGGACAUACACGUUUUUACACUUGUCUGUGAAGGCUAUUUUUUGUAUUUGAAAACACUGUGGACAGACAAACCAAUAGUAUUGUCUGUGCAUAGUGUUUUCUCAGACAAAAAAUAGCUUUCACAAAUAAGUAUAAAAACGUGUAUAUGUCCGUAUUUCGUGUACGAAGAAUUUCUCUUAAUAUAGAUUGUCAAUUUCCUUUCCAAAAAAGAUGUAGAGACUAUUAGAGAAGUCCCUCACACUUUUUUAAAUGUCUUUUUUCAUCAUCGAAUUUCUUUUUAAUGCAAAUGUUGCUUGUGACCUCCCGUAACCUAAAGAAAGUUGAAGGUGUAAAAUAAUAAGCUAAGCUGAGGUGGUUAGCAAUGGCUAAGGCAAGGGUGAGUAGGCACCAAUGGAAAAAAACCUCUACGCUGUCUCUGGUGCUCUCCAUGCUUCUCAUGCUGUCACUUGUGCUUCUGAUGCUCCUCGCUCUUGGAAUACUCAAUGUCCCUAUCAGAUCUGACGACGAACCCUCAUUUUCCCGGAGCCGUAUCAGAUUCAAGCGCUCAGCUUUGGAUAUCGUGGAGGAGGACGGUUUGGGGAAAAGAGGAGAACAAUGGACUGAAAUUCUUUCUUGGGAGCCCAGGGCUUUUGUUUUUCACAAUUUCUUGUCCAGGGAAGAAUGUGAAUACUUAAUAAGUCUAGCCAAGCCUCACAUGGCAAAGUCAACUGUUGUAGAUAGCAAAACUGGUAAAAGUAAAGACAGCAGGGUUCGUACAAGUUCAGGAAUGUUUUUAAAGAGGGGAAGGGAUCAAGUUGUUAAAAGCAUUGAAAAAAGGAUAGCGGACUAUACAUUCAUUCCUGUUGAGAAUGGUGAAGGUCUACAAGUUCUCCACUAUGAGGUUGGACAAAAGUAUGAGCCUCAUUUUGAUUAUUUUCUCGAUGAUUUCAAUACGAAGAAUGGGGGACAACGUAUAGCUACUGUACUCAUGUAUCUUUCAGAUGUUGAAGAAGGGGGUGAGACUGUUUUUCCUUCCGCGAAAGGCAAUUUUAGCUCUGUGCCUGGGUGGAAUGAGAUGUCAGAAUGUGCUAAAAGGGGCCUUUCUGUGAAACCAAAAAUGGGGGAUGCGUUACUGUUUUGGAGCAUGAGGCCUGACGGGACUUUGGAUCCAUCAAGUUUGCAUGGUGGUUGUCCAGUGAUAGGAGGAAAUAAAUGGUCUUCUACUAAAUGGAUGCAUGUUGGUGAAUACAAUGUCUGAAUGUUUGUAUAUGGGCUCUCUAGUUUGUUGGUUUGAUGGAUUGAUGGACACUCAAUCUGAUUUUUGUAAUUGUCAAAUUCCAUAUUCGGAAUUGAAUGUCCAAACUUUACAGCAUUUACCCUUCGUUAGCUUCCUUAAAAUUCAAACCUUAUACAGAGUAUGUUGAAACAGGCAUGCAUUGUAUAAACGUAUAGUCUGUAUCUAACACUAUUAACACCAGUGGAAAAACGUUAAUUGGAGGCGCUAAAACUACGUUGUACAGCAUUUAGCAUUUUGAGUGCCUCCAAUUUUUAAGUUUCUCUUUUUAAUUUUCAUAAAGCAAGAUACCUGUCAUAACAAAAUAAUGUAUAAACAUUUUGUCCCCG